UUUCAUGCCCUCAAAUAAUAGUUUUGAUGGUUCUGGAAGGGCUCAAAUCUUCACCGUUGGGUUUAACGGAAAACCCUAAUUAGUAUUCUCAGGAAGCACAGAAAUUAACAAACAAGUCCGGGAUUUUUGAGGAAGUGGAAUCAGUUGGAGCAUGAAAGUCUAGUUCCAUGGCUAUGUUUCUGAAACGUUCACUCUCCUACAGAAAUUUCCUUCUUUUUCGAAAUUCUGCAGUUCCUAGUCGCAAGUUUUCCUUCUUCGUCAACGAUCCCAGCAUCGCAUGGACCUCCGAAACGCCUGGGGUUUUUGCUCUUCCUCCUGCAGAUUUCAUCCGAGAAAGUCGCAGGGGCUUUGCUAAAGCCCGAAAAUCAAAUGAUUCUUCUACAAGCAUGGCUGAGGCACUGCCUGAUAUUAGACCCACUAUUAAAGCCAACGCUAGCUCACAGAUGGAAGCUGCAAUAGCUGCAUUAUCAGGAGAACUAAGCAAACUUCGAACAGGAAGAGCAUCAUCAGGAAUGCUUGACCACAUUAUAGUAGAAACUUCAGGCUUGAAGAUGCCGUUGAAUCAGAUUGCUGUUGUAUCGGUCUUAGAUUCAAAAACACUGUCGAUAAAUCCGUAUGAUCCUAAUACACUGAAGAAUUUAGAGAGUGCUAUAGUUUCAUCUCCUUUAGGCUUAGCACCAAGAGUAGAUGGAGAGAGGUUAAUUGCAGUCAUUCCACCAUUGACCAAAGAGCAUAUCCUGGCUGUAUGUAAGCUGGUCACUAAGUGUUGUGAAGAUUCCAGGCAAAGCAUACGAAGAGCUCGUCAAAAGGCAAUGGAUACAAUUAAAAAAAUGAACGCUAGCUACCCAAAGGAUGAUAUUAAAAGACUGGAAAAAGAAGUAGAUGAAUUGACUAAGAAGUUUAUCAAGUCAGCCGAAGACCUCUGCAAGGCAAAGGAGAAGGAGAUCGCUGGAGGUUGAAUAAUCGAAAUUUUUUCUAGUACCCAAUUUUGACAAAUUUGUUCGCAAAUAAUUUGUUGUAGUUCUUUUGAUUGUUAUAAACUAAGAUUAAGUCCCAUUAUAGAGCUUUUCAUAGCCAUAUUGAGGGAUGAAACAAUGAACUGAAUGAAUACGUCACAUUUUGAAACAUCGACACAAUCCUAGUGGAUUUCACUGAAA